GACACAUCACGGGACAGCCUCGAACAGUGAAGACCGCUUUCCUUGUCGCUGGAUUAUUCUCUAGUCACGCACUGCAACGUACAGGUGAAAGAAGAAUUAAUUGGUUCUGGAUUAUUGAUUUAACAAACAGUAAGCCCCAGUUAGAAUACUCAUAAAAUAAGUAAGAAGAUGAUAGUGACACAGCUAUGCUGUUGAAUGAGACUGAGACAGUGAUGUAAGUAAACGUGAAUCUUCACUAUGACAUAAUAUACUCGUAACUGUGUUCCCGAGAGGAGGUGAAUCCUCCUAAAGCAAUAGUUAAGAUGUCAAUACUAUAGAAUAAUCACAGAAUGAAGAAAUACGCACAUGAAAGCAAUGCCGAUCAAAACGGUGGCAACGAGUCUAGCUCGGCGUUGUCUUCAUCGACAUCGAACUCGGCCGCUGUGGUGGUACGAGAGCAGAAGCGUAGCAAGUUUAAAAUGCGACUCCCGGUGGUACAGUGGGUCACUGGAGGCAAUCGUCGGAGUGAAAAGACUAAACGUGCCAUCAUUCCUACACCACCAUGCUGUGGACUGAGCACUGCCAACGAUAAGGAAAUUCAAACGCAAAAGCAGUUUUCCGACAAAUCUGUGCAAUGUGACGAAUUUGACGGUGGAAUGAUUAAUUACAGAUCUCAGUAUAUGGCUCAUCAAGGAACAACAAUCGAUCCCAUUAACGAGCGGCUAGACCUGAUAAAUGGAAACCAUCAUUUCCCCGUACAUCAUGGAGGGUGCGACUGCUGCUGCCUGUAUUACGGACGAGAUGUUCCAAUGCUAGGUUCCCUCCCACUUCGUUCACCCCUGCAUGACGCACGGCGCCGAAGUCUGGACCAGAGCAAUGCGAUCAGUGUUUUUCGUUCUUCUAAUCGGUCAGUGGAAGUGGCUACCGGGAAUCGAAUUCCAAGUGAACAACGUUUAUUCAGGAAAAAUAAUUUAAUCUCCCAGCCAAGAGAUAGUGAAAUGUGGAAAAAUAAUGAAAAUAGAAUAGCGCAUGGUGAAGGUGAUUUGCGCACGGAAAAUCGGUUUGGUUCGGCGCCGAUGUUGAAUUGUGUUACAGAAUGGAAACCAGAAGACCGAUCGUUUUCCAGAAAAAAUGUGCAUCGCAAAGUUGGUCGUGUGAGUCCGUUUGUAGCCCCUCGUGAAGAAGAAGAAGAUUAUGAAAAAGAAUCCGAAGAAAAGGCGACAGACCAAGUGGAAAAUAAUCUAUCGGCUGAGCUCGAACAGCAGGCCUAUUUGGUGUUGGGUAUAAACAACCAAGCACGAAGGCCAUUUAAACGAAAAAUAUGUACCCCGUUCAACAAGCGGAUAACGAUGCCUUCGGAAACUGUCAAGCAAUGGCCAGCCGAGUCGAAUUUUGAAACUGAUAAUUACAACCACAGACAUAGUUUUCCAGUUUAUGCUGCGGAUUCUCAAGGAACGGCCACCGAUCAAGGGUAUUUUCAACGCACUGAUGUUUACCGGCAACCCAUGCAGCAUACUCACCACGUCUCCAGUACGAUCGAUAGUAGUUCGAUUAUGUUCCGCAGUACGGCAGAUGAUCUUCAUAGAUUAGGCAAUAUGGCAUCCGAAUCAAGGCAAAAGCGAGAGCGUAGAAAGCCCGACUCAAUUUUUUUGAAACCAAACAUUUUCGAGUCAAGUGGAUUCCUCCCCGCAGCCGAAGCAGCGAGCAUACCGGCCCCGAACGGUUCAAGUCUGUAUAGCAGACUUAGUGGAAGCAUCCAGAACCUGUUCAUCGGCGGUAGAGGGCAGUCCGGUUCGACAUCAACUGCUGUUCGGUCGAGUUUGAGUAAAAGUGAAAAUAAUAUCAACGAACUUAGUAGGCGCCGUGCAGCACGCGAUCGGUUUUUGCUUUUCGGUACGCGGGGUAAAGUGCGACAGCGACGGGCAAAUAAUUUUCUCACCAGUGGGGGAGGGAGCUUCUUCACCUAUAAUUACGACGAAGAGGACGAGAGCCGGUGGAAAAAAUACUUCAGCUUCAAGAUGAACCUACUGCGAAAGCAGAAAGCAAAACCUGAUGAAGAUGCUGGUUCGAAAAGUAUUCAAGACUCGGAUGGAAGCUUCUUCGAAAAGUUCGGAUCUAUCCUCCGGCAGAAGUCGAUCAACCAUGAGCAAAGUGUCACGUUGGCACCGUUGCUGGAAAAGGCGGAGGAUGGCACCACAAUCAGUAUGCAGGAGUCGAUCCCCGAGUACGAAGACAGUGGCAAUGAAACGCUCCCGGACAGCGACUCAGAAGAGCUGCAGGAGAAACAGAACGAGUUUAUCGGGGAUGCCUUUGGAUGGAAUAUCGAAGAGCUGUACGAAGAAGUGCUAUUCGAAAUUUUCAAUAUUGUAGGCUGUGAGGAAGAAGAGUUGACCGAAGAAAGUUUGGUCCAUUACGUUCAGGAUGCAUUUAAAAUAUCCAACGAGAAGCACGAGGAAAUCAUGAAGGCAGCACGCAAUAAGGAGCCUCCGAAAAUCUGUCUCAACGUGGAGAUCAUUGAAGCCAAAGAGCUGGAACCAAAAGACUCCAAUGGUCUAUCCGAUCCAUUUGUAACAAUGUAUAUCGCUUCGAAUCCAACGCAUCGUUACAAUACAUCGGGCAAGUGGAAAACCUUGGAGCCGGUGUGGGAAGAACACUUUUCCUUGCCAAUCGAUGAGAAUGCAAACGAUGCUAAUUUGAUUGUGGAAGUGUGGGAUUUCGAUCCAGCUGAAACGGUGAGGGAGAAGAUGAACAAGCUUUUCGACGUAAAAGGUGUUAGAGGAUUGAGGAAACUUAUGAAGGAAAUUGCAGUUACAGCGUCUACAGGAAAGCAUGACAAUGAACUGAUCGGACGUGCAAGUAUACCACUAAAGUCAAUUCCCGCAUCUGGUUUGGUAAUGUGGUACAAUCUCGACAAGAAAAACAAACUGAAACGCCAAGGAAUGGUUAGAAUAAGACUGAACUUUAGCUCGCAGAAAAACAAUCAGGUAGCAGCUCAAGAGCAUAGGCACCUCCUCAGAAUACUGCUCCUUCAUGAAUUGGAAACCUCGAAAGUAGCACACUACUGGUGGUCCGGGAAGUUUACCGUCCAGGGUGAGGCAGUACUCACCCAACACUCCGCCCAAAGUAGCCUUUCUACGACAGCAAGUGCCUUCAUACAGUGGUCAGUGUAUACUGCGAUCCACCUUGACCACCCGCUGGCAUUUGGUCUCUUUGAUUCUAUUUUGGAUAAACUUGUUCGCGCUAUUCAGUUGAAUGUGGUAUCCGAGGAACAUCUGAAGCAAUUCUGGGAUGCUACGAAAAAACUACUUCCGUCUUGCUUUUCUGUCAUCCGGAAGCUACGGAAGAGAACCGCUGGUGAUAAAUUGGUCAUCAAAAUGCUAACAGAUGUACUGAAUAUUAUAGCCAAAGUUUCCAUGCUGGAACCUCCGCAAGGAACGGAUCUAUUCCCCGUGCAACAAUAUAGUUGGAUUCGAAGGUCUAACACUACGGAGCCUAGCUGGGAUAUUCGGGAGGCGGUAGCAAGUGCUGUCGUUACCGGUGCAGAAAGUUGGUUCGUUAACAUCAAGGAAGGUCAUUUCGUGCAGACUGGACUGGAUGAGGAUCGGCUACAGAAUAUGAUCAAAAUAAUUCAACUGGUGCGGUCGGAUAUCCAGCGAUCAAUUGAACAUUACGACAAGAUUUUCCAAGAGAUUAUCCAUUUUCAAUACACCAAAGAACUCUACAUAACUUACGAACUGAAGUUAGCCGAGCUGAUCAAACCUUGCGUGGAGCAAAUUUGUCGUAGUCUGAAACGUAUCGACAUCCCAGAAUCAAACAGUGAUCUUUUGAAGUAUGAAGAUAUCAACAUGGGAACAACUUUGUUUGAGUUGUAUAUAGUGCUGAAGCGCUUUUCCAAACUCGGUCCAGCGCUGAGUCCUGGAGAAUCCAACUUUGCCAUCGACGAGUACCAUAAUUGGUUCACGGUAGGAGUGACCCACUGGUUGGACAUUUCAGUGUACAAAGCCCUGAUGCGAAUUCAUAAAGCAAUCGAAUUGGACACGUUGAAAUCGGUAGACGAGACGGUCAAGUAUUCUUCAUCUGCCGUGGAUACGUUAGCGAUUUUCUACCAGAUCAAAGUAUUCUGGCAGCAACUAGAUUGGCCCGAUAUAGAGGGAGCAUACAUCUUUGUUGCGAAAAUUGUCGAUGAUAUUUGUCGCUGUUGUGUAUUCUACGCCGAUCGAAUGUCUGCUCGUGUAGAAAACCUAGGUGUGGUGGAAAACAUAUACGAAAGGAAGUUCGAGGUUACCACGGAAUGGUGUCUUGCUAUCAACAACAUCGACUACAUUCGGCAGAGCUUGAAGCUGUUUGCAUCUGAGCUUGGCGUAGACGAUAUCAUCAAUCGGUUGUCGGAGGUUCAAAGCCCAUCGGAAGCGGAUCGAUGCGCUAACACUUUACGUGCCGUACUGGAGAAUGCAGUUGACACCGAAAAGAACAAGAUUCUGGAUUUGGUUGAGAAGUUGGCCAAGAAAAUGGCACCGGCCAUGCGACGAUUCUUAGUGGAAGGCGCAGAAUUGCUUCAACAAGAUUCCAAUUCAAUGGAUCGAUUAAUGAUGUACAUGGAAGAUUCCCUUGCGACUCUCAACAGUGAACUGCAUGAAGUCAACUUCGAACGAGUGUUGGAUGCCAUUUGGAGCGAAUUGACUACUAUCCUGUAUGACCUCAUUCAGAGUAACCUUGAUAAACGUCGCCCGCCAUCAUUUUUUGCCAACUUGCGUGAUACGUUGCACAUUAUGGUGGAAAACUUCAAAAGUGCUCAAAAUCGUGAAUCCGAGAACGCUUCGGAUAGGGAAACUUUGGAGCACAUUGAACGGCUAUUGCAGUUACAUGGGUACGAAACAACCGACCUUAUUCAUCAGUAUUACCUUGAUAGGCUGAAGGAACAGGAAACCGAAGAAGACGACAUCUAUGGAAUGCUAACGCUGCAAUGUUUCUUCAAAGGCAACGUCCUUGAAAUGGAAAUUAUGAACGCACGCAACUUAAGGCCAAUGGACACGAACGGUACAUGUGACUCUUUUGUACGAAUACAUUACAUACCAGAGGAACGGUUCGUCGGUGUUGCCAAACUGCGCACUGCCACUCAAUCGAAAACGUUGUUCCCCCUGUAUGACGAAAAAUUUGUCGUAACAUUCAACCCGGAGCAACGGGCCGUGAAGGAUGCAAUUAUCCUAUUCAGCGUGAAAGAUAAGGAUCUGUUUGGAAUGUCCAAUCAAUACCUGGCCGAGUGUUAUUUAAGUUUCAAUGAUAUUGCAGACAUCUCUUGCGAGAGUGGCAAAAUCGAACAAAAGCAUUUGAAGUUGACUCGACCGCGUCGAUUGGACACUGACUGCGUACGAGCGCUGGAGUAUCGCCAAGGCGACAAGCAAGCGAAAGAUUUCCUCAAAAAACUUAAACAGAAGAUGGGAUAACUUGAUUAGCUAUCGGAGCUUUUCCUGGACACGAUUCGUCCUUAAUGCGGCUUGAAAUUACCUUCAUAUGUGUAUCAUUUUUAUAUCGCCUCGAUUUGUAUGCCACCUUAUUGAAAUCUAGAGACUUUAAUUAUUGUGAUAUUGACAAUUUUUGGUGCUGUAGUGCGUUAUCACCUUCCUGAUAAUCAAUUUAUGAAGUAGUU